AUGGCGACUAAGCGCCCUCAUCAUGACGCAUCGACGGCCGUGGCUCGCCUCCACGGCGCAGUGCUCAUCAACAUGCUCCAGAUGAUUCCGACAGCUCGGGACGCACUGGCCUUCCUCAAUGCUUGGCCAUCCACGGCGCUGCCACCUUCGCUCGUGGCGCUCAAGGAGCUCAGCGGCGUCAUGAGUUUCACCACCCAGUGGCCGAGCAUUGUCCUCCAGGCGAUUCCGACCGACCACGUGGAGAUUGCGGUAUCGGCGCUACCCGCCUUUCCGCAGAUCCAGGCGUCUGACAAGGCCGAUCCGCGCUGCUUGGUUGCGGCGCUGCCCCGCACGGUCCACGUCAAGCUGUCUACCUCGGGUACGUGGACCGACGCGACCCAUGCGGUGGUUCGCGCAUGGCACGAUCACAUUACGGAGCUGUCUUUCCAUGAAACCAGCGACGUGCCCGACGCAGUUGUCGACGCAUUGCGUCAGUGCAAGCACCUUCGCACCGUCUCGAUUCUCAACCCGAUGAACGCCACGGCCACCCAGCAGAUCGUCGCUGCCGUCACGACCCGGAGCCUCCAGCAGCUUCAUCUCGACAUCAAGUUCAAGGACCCCUUGGACACAACGACGAUGGCCGCAUGGCUGCGUCGCGGCGGCGCCACAACGCUCCGUCUCGCAUGCACGGACGUGACGGGCGCGACAGCCUUGGCCGACGCCAUCUACUCGUGCGACUCGCUCGCAUCGCUCUCGCUUGUGGGCGCUCGCGGCGUCGUCAACGCCCUUCUUGCCUCGCCUCGGCCCUUGCACCAGCUCUCGGAGCUGGCGCUGGACGUUCGCGGCGCCGCGCACAACGACACUGCCCUGCUGCACAAGCUCAGUGGCGCCAAGAUGACGUCGCUGACGCUGAUCGGCCGCAUCAUCGACGCGCCGCCCGGCAUCUGGAAGCCGCUCAUGAGCUUCACCAAGCUGCAGCAGCUCACGCUCCAGCGCAUCUCGCUACUUGACGUGUCGGCCUCGGGCACAUGUCCGCAGCUUCGUCGUGUGACGCUAAGCGAGCUCGCGAUGCAAACGAACGACAUCCCCAUGCUGGCCAAGUGGCUCGGCACGUCCAACUCGCUCCAAAAGCUCGAGUGGUCCGACAUGAAGCUGGGGCGCAAGGGCCUCACCGCGCUGGCGCAGGCGUUGCCGCACUGGAUGACGCUUGGCCUCGAGAUGCUGUCGCUUCGGGACAUUCCGAUCGACGCCGACGGUGCAAGACAGAUCGCGGCGUCGCUCAAGCUAGCGCGCAACCCGACACCGGUUCGCAUUGCGCUGAGCAACAGCCAGCUCGUCCGCGGCUCGGUCCAGCAGCUGGCGGCCGCGAUCGAUGUCUGCCAGCAGGUGACGCUCGGGCUCUUCUCGAGCCACUCGCGCAAAUUCAAGCUCGAAAUGGCGGCCGCUCUGGGCCAGACGGAUGUUGAUGCAGGCGACGUCAUUUUUGCCCAGUUGGCGUCGCCGCCUGCCUAG